AUGUUUAAUGAUAUCUUUCUUGUUGCCAUGGAAGCUGUAUGCUAUGCCUCUUUUUUGGCCCACGGCGCCCAAGAUAUGUCUUUCUUUGCCAAGUCAGAUUCUUCAGUAGUCACUGUAUACGACAUUGCAAUUCAGAUUCUUCUGUGCUCGGCUUUAGCCAAGUAUGAUCUAGAUCUGGUGGCCGAGGAAGACGACUCUGACCUCUACCAAGAAGUAUUUCGGGCAUUAACCCAAGUGAAUUCUAGCUCGGCAUUGCAACACAUUGCUUCCUUCUUCCAAACCCACAACCUCAUCCCUUCAGCCUUGCCUUCACACCCACGGCGGACUAUUUCUUCUUCUGAGCGGCUGUCGAUUGUUAUUGAUCCGAUUGACGGGACUCGUGGCUUUAUUAAUCGCCGCUCCUUUUCGAUUGUGGUGUGUGCUCUUUACAAGCAUGCGCCUGUCUUUUCAAUUAUCGCGGACCCCAGGGCUUUAGAAGUCUUCUACUGCACUAAUCUCCCUGAAUACCCACACCGGGCGUUGGCCACACGAUUUGCCAUGGCCGCACAGCCAGCCGAAACAAUGUCCUCUUUUCGCAACUCUCUAAACCUGCGCGUGGCCUACUCGGCAGAACCUGAGCACUCAGGCACUCUGCUUGAACAGUUUCUUACCCAGCUGGCCAAACACUUUCCCAUUACCCGAAUGCCUCUAGACGGCCAGUGCAAGUAUGCAUACCUGGGGGUGCGCCGUGUCGACCUGUUCAUUCGCUUGCCAAGCACCCGGUUUACCGAAAAGAUAUGGGAUCAUGCUGCGGGCCUGCACAUGGCAUCGUUUUGUCGAGUUACUGAUGCGUUUGGCCAGUCGUUUACCUCAGAAAGUCCACCUGCUUAUGGGGUUAUUGCUGCCACUGUAUCCAAAAUUCAUCACAUAUCAUUAGCAAUUAUCACUGAUCUUUUCAAAACUAGUAAUUUUUCCUAUCUUUGUACCCCAUGA